AUGACCUCUACUCUAUUAGUGUCUUAAAUAUAACGAGUAAGUAGUUAUUACAGCUUUAAGUUAACCAUCAAAUGUUACUACUUUUUUGCAUUCUUCUACUAUUUUAUAUUAAUGCAUUCGAAUUGCUUAACAAAAUUUCGCCUUUUCAUGAUGAUAGGAUAGGAUUAGAUAUAAACUUUAAUAUGUGUAUAUUUUUUUUAUUUUUUCCCAAAAAAAUAAAGAAAUAAAAAAAACAAAUAAACCA